UCAGGAUAUGUUCAGUAUAGACCCCAGUACAGGACAGAUUAGUACAAACAACAAGCUGGACAGAGAGUUCAUGGACGUACAUUACCUCAGGAUUGUUGCAGCUCUUGUAGAUGAUACACAAUUAUCUGCAACUGCUACUUUACAGGCUUCCAUUGGACAGGGAGAAGGAAGGCGAGCAUACACUUGUUGUGGAGGCUACUGAUCAGGGCCCCCCAGGAGAACGGUUAAGCUCGACUACGAAUGUGUUUAUCACUGUAUUGGAUGAAAAUGACAACUACCCCCAGUUCUCACAGAAAACAUAUAAUAUUGAGGUAUCUGAGGGACUGGAUUGGAGUACUAAACCAAUUGUUGGUCAAGUUCAGGCCAAGGAUGCUGAUGAAGGGCUUAAUUCAGUUCUUUACUAUUCAGUUAUUGGAGGAAACACCGCGAAUCAAUUUGCUGUGAAUGAGGACAGCGGUGAAAUAAGGUUGUGAUUAAAGUUGUGGAUGUAAAUGAUCAUUCUCCCAAGUUCUACUCCGGGUACUUCCAGGAAGCAGUUCCAGAGAAUGUUCCUAUUGGAUAUUCAGUAGUUAGGAUCCAGGCAUAUGACGGGGAUGAAGGAGAGAAUUCAAGGAUAACCUACUCUAUAGUUGAUGCUACGGAUGCUGUUCCAUUUGCUAUUGAUGAGCGUACUGGAUGGUUGACUAGUACUGAGUUAUUGGACCGGGAAGGACAGUCUAGUUAUCAGUUUGGAGUUGAAGCUUUAGAUAAUGGAGCUCCAAGAAGAGCUGAGAAAGCUACUAUAAUUAUACAAGUUCAGGACAGAAAUGACAAUGAUCCAACUUUUCAGAAGAAGAUUUAUGAAGCAGUUGCAUCUGAAACUGACCCUCCUGGAACUUCAGUAUUAAGCCUUCUUGCUCUGGAUAAGGAUGAGAAUGCACGAGUUCACUAUGAAAUUACAGGAGGAAAUACGCGAAACCGAUUCAGCAUCUCAACCCAGAAUGCCCAGGGUGUGAUAUCUAUUGCUCAACCGCUGGACUACCAGCAGGAGAAAAGAUUUCUGCUCACGGUUAGUGCUACUGACUCCGGGGGCAGAUUUGACACGGCCACUGUAUACAUCAACAUUAGUGAUGCUAACACUCAUCCACCAUCCUUUGAGAAUGCUCCAUACUCUGUGAGUGUGUUUGAGGAUGCACCUGUUGGAACAACAGUUCUGGUAGUUAUGGCGGCAGAUAAGGAUGUUGGAGAGAAUGCUAGAAUAACCUAUGAUAUUUCAAACCAGGAGAGUGGAGACUUUAAAAUAGAUCCCAACUCAGGAUCCAUCAUUAUAAACCGUGCUCUGGAUAGAGAGGAGAAAGAAGUAUAUGUUCUGACAGUAACUGCACAUGACAAUGGAAUCCCUAAAAUGUCGGAUACAACGGAUGUGGAGAUUGUUAUUGUAGAUGUGAAUGAUAACAAACCCUCAUUUACCCAACCUGCCUAUCAUGGAGCAGUAUCUGAAGAUGCCAUACCCGGCACCUCUAUCCUAGAGAUCCUUGCUAAUGAUAGAGACCAGAACUUGAAUGGUAGAAUCAUGUACACAUUUGAUGGGGGUAAUAACGGUGACGGAGCAUUCGUGGUUGACGUUUAUUCUGGGAUUGUGAGAACAAACCGACCAUUAGACCGUGAAACAGUCCCAUAUUAUGAACUUGUGGCACUGGCGGUUGACAGAGGCACGCCCCAGCUCUCCUCUACUGUUCCUAUCUUGGUCAAUGUUUUGGAUAUCAAUGACAACCCACCCAAGUUUGAGGAUGAACAGUUGGAAUACUUUAUCAAAGAGAAUUCUCCAGUUGGAAGUCUGGUUGCUGAGAUAGAAGCUAUAGAUCCUGAUGAGGGAGAAAAUGCAGUUGUAACCUACUCAAUUAUUGGAGGACGGGAUGCACAUUUAUUUCAUCUGGAUACGGAGGUGGGAAAACCCAUUGCCCGCCUUAUCUCAGAUACAGAGUUUGACCACGAGUCUGAUCAGACUGAGUAUGAUCUCCUGCUGCGAGCUGAAUCCCCCCCACUGCGCACAGACAUUCCUCUCCUGGUCAGAGUUAAGGAUGAGAAUGAUAAUUCGCCACAGUUAAACGACUUCAGUAUUGUCUUCAACAAUUAUGAGAAUAAUUUCCCCACAACGCCGAUUGGUAAAAUCCCAGCAUUUGACGCAGAUGCUCUAGACAUGCUGUACUAUAAUAUUACAUACGGGAACAAUGCCAACCUUCUUAUCUUAAACCCAAACACAGGAGAAAUCACUCUGUCCCCGAAACUCAAUACUAACGUUCCUAUUCAUGCCAAAAUGGGAGUGUCUGUCUUUGAUGGGAAAAACGAGGUUCGAUCCGUUGUAAGCCUAGAUGUACUUCUGGUUACAAAGGAAAUGAUGCAUCACUCGGUCACUCUCCGAUUGAACAACAUGACUCAGGACGCCUUUUUGUCUCCGCUCUUCUCAUUUUUUGUCGAUGCUCUCUCAGCAGUGAUCCCUGCACCACAGGAAAAUAUCCAUGUAUUCAGCAUUAAAUCUGAUACAGAGGUGCAAGGAGACAUUCUGAAUGUAACAUUUUCCGUUGGGGUUCCUGGUUCCCUUGAAGAACAGUACCUAGAUCCUGAAUACAUUCAACACAAGAUCUAUUUAAACCUAGAAACACUUGUCCGACUUUCCACCAUCAAAAUCCUUCCAUUUGAUGAUAACAUUUGUAUUCGAGAGCCAUGUCUGAACUAUGAGACAUGUGAAACCCGACUUAUGUUUGGCUCUGCUAAGCAUUUUAUAGAAGGUGAGAGUAUUCUAUUCAGAUCUAUUCAUGCUGUCAAGACCUACUCUUGUGAGUGCCCUGAAGGUUUCACUGGUGAGAAGAAUCAUUACACUUGUGAUAUCGAAGUGAACAUGUGCUAUUCCAACCCCUGCCAUAACUCCGGGACCUGUAUAUCCAAGGAGGGGGGAUACACGUGCUCCUGCCAGGAGAACUAUACUGGAGAGAACUGUGAGAUAAGUCUACUCCAGGGGGGUUGUGUUCCAGAUGUUUGUGCUCCACCCUCCUCCUGUGCACCCUUAAUCAAGGGCGGGUUUAUCUGUGAGAAUUGCACCCAGAGCCCGUUCUACAAUCAGUUCUGUCAACUGGAGGCGCGGAGCUUCAGCAAUGGGGCUUUUCUUUCCCUUCCCUCGCUCAAACAGAGGUUCAAGUUCAAUAUAAAACUGGAUUUUGCAACAAUAGAACACACAGGAUUACUCAUGUACAACGGACGGUACAACGGGAAGCAUGAUUACAUGUCACUUAGUGUACAAGACGAAGGAUUAGUAUUCAGGUUUUCUACCGGGGAGGAGACCAGUUCCGUAAGUGUACAUCCUCCGGGAGGUAUCUCCGACGGUCAAUGGCAUUCAGUGGAGGUCAAAUACUACAAUAGAUCUGCUAUUCUAAUCUUGGACGAUUGUGACUGGAAUCUAGCACUAGAAUCAGUGUCGUGAAGGCUGGGGUGGCUAUGUGUGUGAGUGUACUGAAGGCUGGGGAGGGAAAAAUUGCGCAGACAAACUAAAGCCGGCAAUGCGCUUCGCCGGAAAUGGUUUCGCAGUUUACAGCGCUGGUCUUUAUCCCAUUCAACUACCUUGGACAAAUGGACUCUCUUUCAGAACAAGGUCUGAAUCUGGACUAUUAGAACUAGUUCAGCUCCGUACCCUGGGUUGGAGUAAACUUGAGCUGGUGAACGGAACCCUGCGGUACACCCUCGGAGAUACAUCUCUACAGCUCAUCACUCCUAGGUUGAAUGAUGGUGAAUGGCACCAUGUGUCUGUAAAGUGGAUGAUGGGUGAGGUCUGGCUAAAUCUAGAUUACGGUCAACAUGAGCUCACCAAGCCAACUAAUAUUGCUAUACAGGGUUUGACUGUUGUGAAAGUUUUUGUUGGAGGAUCUGAGCCGAAUAUUGAUGGUUCAACUAGUACACAACCAUUCACUGGAUGUAUUCAGAAUGUUCGGAUUGGUGACGGUGAUGGAGCUGAUCUAAGUCCUACCCAGGAGAGUAGUGUAGAGUCUGGUUGCUCUAGUCCGGACACCUGUACCUCCGAUACAUGUCCAGCCACCUCACAGUGCUCCCUUGGCUGGGACUCUCACCAUUGUAACUGCAACCCCGGACAUAUUGGAGAUAAAUGUUUUGAUGUCUGCAAACUGUCCCCAUGUCAUAACAACAGUACUUGUGUCAAGAACACGGUUGACCCGCGUGGGUAUAGCUGUAGCUGUGGGUCACCUUUACUACAUGGGGCCUACUGUGAAGAGAAAGUCCAGCAACCCUGUCCCGCAAAAUGGUGGGGCUACCCUGUCUGUGGACCGUGUAAAUGUGAUGUCAACAAUGGAUUCAACCCGGAUUGUGAUAAGAAGACUGGAGAAUGUCGGUGUAAAGAUUAUCACUAUCAGCCAAAGAAUACAGAUAAAUGUUUACCCUGUAAAUGUUUCCCACUGGGAUCAACAGGCCAGCUCUGCGAUCCUAUCUCGGGCCAGUGUCAAUGCAAACCAGGGGUCAUCGGACAAUUAUGUGAUUCCUGCGCGCACAAAUAUGCCGAGGUGACAGAGCAUGGAUGCCAAGUGGUUUAUGAAUCCUGUCCUAAGGCAUAUGAGUCUGAGGUUUGGUGGCCAAGGACAAGGUUUGGAGAGGAGGUUAAGGUUGAAUGUCCGGUGGGAGCAGAGGGAUUUGCCACACGGCGCUGCUCCUCAGAGCAUGGUUGGGAUGAACCAGAUCUAUUUAAUUGUACUCAUAAACAGAUUCUUCCUCUGUUCAAGGACCUGGCACAGCUAGAGACUGGAGAGAUACAAAUUAAUUCUUACCUUGCACUUAAAACUGUCAAGAAUCUUUAUGAUUUGACCAAUUCUAUUGAUGAGCUGUACGGAGCUGAUGUCCUGCUCUUUAGUCGCUUACUGGUUGAGAUCCUUGAGUUUGAAAACAAGCAGAGUGGGUUUAAUCUCUCUCACAAACAAGAAAGAGAUUUUAUCAAACAAAUUGUCAGUAUUGCUUCAAGAAUUUUAAAAGAUGAAAACGAGGUUUCUCUGAACAAAGGCAAUACAUUGGACCGGAAUCUAUUUUCAAGAAUUCUUAAUCUCUUCAAGAAAUACGGACAGACACUGACAGAAAACCUUUCAGAUACGUACACCAACCCAUUUGAAAUUAUUACUGAUAAUGUGAUGUUUGGUCUAGAUAUCAUAGAUAACCCCCGAGAGGGUAAUCCACAAUCCCGUAUCCUACCAGAGCUUCCCAGAUCCUCUAGUCUCAUAUCCCAGGAACCUAGAUUAAGCUCAGACUAUAUCAGUAUACCCAAGUAUAAUCACUACAUGAGAGACCCCAGAGUUUGGGACAAUACAAAGAUCUACAUACCCCGGAGUUUACUCUUUGUAGAUGGUGAAGAUAGUCCUGAUACUAAACCGACAGUGAGCUAUGCAAUCUAUCGUACCCUGUCAAACUUCCUGCCUGAUCAAUACCUUCCAGAUUUAGUUGCUAGAUGGGGAAGUAUCUUCAAACCUCUCUCCUCAGUGGUUGCGCUUACUCUUCAAACUGAUACAGAACUUACUGAGUCGGUUGAGUUGACUAUGCCAAUCAGCCUUAUCUUUAGCGUUAAGCUCUCUCAGGAGUUUACACGUGCAACUCCUUUCUGCGCUAGGUGGGAUGUUAGCAUCAAGGAAUCUCAAGGAUGGACAAAGGAUGCCUGUGAGACGGAUUUACCUGAUUUAUGGCAGUUUAAUAAAGCAUCUGAGAUCACAGUAAAUUGCACAUGCUAUAAGAUAUCAAGCUAUGUUGUUCUGAGUGAAUCAGCAGCAGAGGGAUUGGUAGUUGCUAAUCCUCUUCCUUCUGAGAAUAUUGUUCUAUAUGCAACUAUUGCAUCACUGAUUAUUCUCUUGAUUUGCGGAGUUUGUUUCUCCUCACUAUACGGGCUUCCAACCAAUUCAAACUCUAUUCAUAGAUUCAUAGUGCUCAGUCUCUUCCUUGCACAGAUUCUUUUCAUCAUAGAAGCUAAAUUUCAUCAUAUUAUAGUGAAGGUUGAUGUUGGAUGUAAGAUCAUGGCCAUCCUUCUCCACUACUUCUGGUUGAGUGUGUUCUCCUGGCUGUUGGUUGAUGCCCUCCACCUACAGAGGAUGCUUACUGAGAUGCGAGAUAUAAAUCAUGGAAACAUGAAGUUCUACAUCUCUAUGGGCUUUGGAAUACCAGCAAUAAUUGUUGGAUUGAGUGUUGGAGUUAGAUCUCAUCAGUAUGGAAACCUUCAUUUCUGUUGGUUGUCCUUGUAUGAUAUUAGUGUAUGGAGCAUGGUUGGUCCUCUCUGUAUCUCACUCUUUGUACAGAUAUGCAUUCUCUUCCUAGCUAUUCGUGCGGCCUUCACUCUUAAAUCUCAGAUCGAAGAUUUCGGAAACCUCAGGGGACUUCUCCUGCUCAAUAUAGGUUUGCUACCACUGGCAACAGGCACCUGGACUUCAGCUUUCUUCCUGGUUAAUGAGGACUGGCCAGAACUUUCCAUAGCAAAUUCUGUAGCAACCCUGCUCACCUCAGCUUACAUCUUCCUGGGGUAUAUUGUCUUCAACUCUAGAGUAAGAACCGGGAUUAAGAACAGAUAUCUAGUUUGUCUUGGACGCAAACUUCCAUACGGAGAAAGCUUGAAUGCUUCUCAUGGAACAAUCUCCAGGUCUGCUCUGGCAUACAGAAACUCAGUGAAAUCCUCCAACAGAAAUAUUGGAAUAUCAACUGCGUCUACCACUUCCAGAUCAACCAGUAAAACCAACUCAACUCCUUACAGAAGUGAUUAUUACUCGUCUAGCGAUGUAUCUAAGAUCUAUGGUUCACACAAGUCCGGAGAAAAGUUAGAAAAUAAAUACAGGAAAGAAUCAGAUUCUGAGAGUGAUGCUGAUCAACGCUCCCUUGACCUUGCAUCCAGUCAUAGCAGUGAUGAGGACGAUCCUUUGGAACCCGUCACAUCCUCAGAUAACACCCGGGGUACCAUUUAUAGUACAGACACUAAUCGUGGUAACCUCUACAGUACGGACACUACCCGUGGUAAUGUCUACAGUACAGACUAUAAUAUGUCUGUCCCACCCCUUCACAUAAAUACUUCCAGCGGUAGUGCUGGUCUUCAAGUGAACGACCAGCCAAUAUCCGCUCAAAACACUCUCCAACGACAACAUUUGUCCCGUGAUCUAAGACUUCCAAACCGUUGGUCCGAACGGUUAUCGGCCGUUACAACUAGUGAUAAUGAUAACACAACAGACACUAUAAAUCUAGGAUAUAAUUACAACUACGGAUACCCACAGCCUCAAAGCCCUGACUCCGAGCUGAGUAGUGAGGAUAAAUAUGUGGCAAUGUCCCCACCCCACCUUAUGCAAUACCAAGCAUAUUCUACCUCAACUACCAGCCAGAACUAUUCUACUAGUGAUCCUUCAUCCAGUAUGCAACCUAGUGAUAUCAGUCCAGAGUCUCAAAAUUUAUCAUCAUACCAGUCCUGAUAAAUUAAACCUAGUAAAUUACCAAUUCUAAUUAAACCUUGUAAACUACCAAUCCUAAUGAAUUAAACCUAGUAAAUUACCAAUUCUAAUUAAACCUAGAAACCAUCAAUCCUAAUAAAGUAAACCUAGUAAACUACCAAUCCUGAAAAUAAAACCUAUUAAACUACCAAUCUUGAUAAAUUAAACCUUGAAAACUACGAAUCCAAUUUUAUAUAAAAUUCUAAGACACGAAACCUUUUCACAUAUCAAUCCUAUAAUGAAUCAAACCUAUAAUUCGCAUAUCAACCUUAAAGAACUAAACUUAUUAUCAUAUCAACCUCAACGAUUUAAACCUAUAUCAUAAUAAAAAAAAAACUGUGAACUAAACGUAUGCAUAUAUUUCUUAUGAUUAUUUGAGCCAAGUAAAUCAACAAAUAUAACAUUUUUUAGAUAU